UCCUGAUGUCAUACAAUUCUCGCAGCAUGAGAAGAUACAAGUAUCCAACAGCAGCGAAGAGGUUAAGCAAGAGAAGUUCACCGGCCUUCUUCACUCUGACAUCACAGCCAAAGGCCUCCUGUCAGCCCCCAGAGGGUUUCUGCAGUGAAGCCCUUUGAAAGGUGCAUGAAGUUCUUUAGCAAUCCAGAGGGACUAGAAAGGUAGGGACUGCCGCAGCUAAAUGAAAGUGGGUGGGAUGCGGGAGAAUUCCUGCCGCCCUGGCAUUGGGAGCUAUUUUAUUAAGACUGCAUGCAGCCCAGGAGAACUGGCUGUACUCCCUGCUGCAAGCCUAGGACAAGCUGCAUUACACACACUGUAGCUCGGCUCAAGCCUCUUCUAAACUGGAAUACAAUGCAAAGGAUUUCCAGUAUAGCUUUCUGCUGCCCGAAGGGACUCUGAGCAGCGUUCUUGUAACCUUACGUUUUAGUUUCACUGUGGCGCCAGGCUUUCCGCUCAGCAUCAGAAAAGGUCGCAGCUGGAGAUGGGACACUGGACAGGGCGGCCAGUGCUGUGAGGUGGUACGGAACAUUCUCUCUCUCAGGUUAUGGAGGCAGCCUUAUACGCCCGAUGGCAUGACUGGCCAGAAAGGACAUGCCAGUCAUCCUGGUGAGCUGAUUGCUCACGUUAAGCCCUAAUGAUCUAUUCCUUCUGGAGAUUGGGCUGAAGCAUCUACUAGCUGACUUGCCUCCUAUUCCUGCUGUGAUUCCCUCCUUCUACUUGGCGCACCAUGGGCGGAUGCUUCUCCAAACCCAAACCAGUUGAAGUGAAAAUUGAGGUGGUGCUACCAGAGAAAGAGAGGGCCAAGGAAGAGAUGUCACCCAAUGGGAAAGCCAGUCCACUUGUUUACAAAGUCAAUGGGACUGCCCGGCAUUACCACCUUGAAGAACAUCCCAUCACCAUCAACCCCUACCAGAAUGUGAAGGAUGUAGUGGAAGCUUCUGUGUGCCACGUGAAGGACCUUGAGAAUGGACAGAUGCGAGAAGUAGACCUGGGCUGUGGGAAGGCUCUGCUGAUAAAGGAAAAUGGAGACUACUAUGCAAUGGGACACAAAUGCCCUCACUACGGGGCCCCACUGGUGAAAGGGGUUUUAUCCAAAGGAAGAGUGCGCUGUCCCUGGCAUGGGGCUUGUUUCAGCAUUGGCACUGGUGAUAUAGAGGACUUUCCUGGCUUGGACAGCUUACCCAAAUUCCAGGUGAAAAUCGAGAAGGAGAAGGUGUACAUCCGAGCGAGCAAACAGGCUCUUCUGACGCAAAGAAGGACAAAGGUUAUGGCAAAAUGUAUCUCCCUCAGCAACUACAAUAUCAGUAGCACCAACGUGCUGAUCAUCGGAGCAGGUGCUGCUGGAUUAGUUUGUGCAGAGACCUUAAGACAGGAAGGUUUCUCCGACAGGAUCGUCAUGUGCACAAUGGACAGACACUUACCCUAUGACCGACCCAAGCUAAGUAAGGUUUGUAUCAUCCAGAAUGUUUCAUAUUCUUACCGAACAGCUACUGGGCUCCCCUCUCAGGGUGUUUCUCUCACUGGACAGUGGGUGUCCCAGGUUGCGGCUGUGGACAUCAAGAACAAGAUAGCUGUGUUCAAGGAUGGAUUUAAGAUGGACUAUAACAAACUGCUGAUAGCAACUGGAAACACGCCCAAAGCCCUUAGCUGUAAAGGCAAAGAAGUCGAGAAUGUUUUCAACAUCCGAACCCCUGAAGAUGCCAACCGGGUAGUGAAACUGGCCAGCAGCAAGAAUGCAGUUAUAGUGGGAGCCUCUUUCCUUGGGAUGGAGGUGGCAGCCUACCUGACAGAGAAGGCCCAUUCUGUGUCUGUGGUUGAGCUGGAAGAAGUGCCUUUCAAGAAGUUCUUUGGGGAGAAGGUUGGCCAAGCUCUCAUGAAGAUGUUUGAAAACAACAGGGUGAAGUUCUACAUGCAGACUGAAGUGUCUGAGCUGCGGGAGCAGGAGGGCAAGCUUAAGGAAGUUGUCCUGAAGAGUGGGAAAGUCCUCCGUGCGGAUGUCUGUGUCAUCGGCAUAGGUGCAAGUCCAGCAACAGGAUUUCUGAAGCAAAGCGGCAUUAACAUUGAUUCCAAAGGCUUCAUUGUCGUCAACAAGAUGAUGCAGACCAACAUCCCAGGAGUUUUUGCGGCUGGUGAUGCUGUCACCUUUCCUCUGGCUUUGCGUAACAACAAGAAGGUGAACAUCCCUCACUGGCAGAUGGCACAUAUGCAUGGCCGCAUAGCAGCUCUGAACAUGCUGGCCCAUGGCACGGAGAUCAGCACAGUCCCGUACCUGUGGACGGCUGUGUUUGGGAAGAGCCUACGAUAUGCAGGCCACGGGGAAGGAUUUGAUGAUGUCGUGUUUCAAGGCGAUUUAGAUGAACUGAAGUUUGUGGCAUUUUACACCAAGAACGAGGAGGUGAUUGCUGUGGCUAGUAUGAACUAUGACCCGAUUGUGUCCAAAGUCGCUGAGGUCAUGGCUUCUGGGAGAGCAAUCAGAAAACGAGAUGUGGAGCUGUUCGUUCGUCAUGGCAAAACUGGAGACAUGUCUUGGUUAACUGGAAAAGGCUCUUAAUGUGGAAAGAACUGAUUUCUGCUGAGGCUGCACUUGCCCGAGAGGAGACCAGGAUGACCAGGAGGCUCC